AUGGACGACAUCCACGCUCCCACGGUCGGCUCCGGUCCAACGACAGCGACCUACUCCACUGGCAUACAAGCAAAACAAACACUGCCACAACUCAUUGCGGAGAAGGAGACAUUGGAGGCCGAACUGUCCGCGCUCAGCUCCGUGCUCGACUCGCAUGGGGUGGACAUGAAGACGGCACUCACCACGUUCGAUGGCUUUCCACGCUCAGACAUUGACGUGCCUCAAAUACGCACCACAAGAGCACGGAUCAUACACUUGAAGAAUGACCACAAAGCCCUCAUGGCGAAGUUGGAAGAUGCGGUUCAUGCACAAUUUGCUGCAGGCAAAGCAGCAGAGGGCAUGGCCGAGAGCAGCUCGCGGGCCUCCACCAAUGGAGUCACGGCUUUCACACCCAGUGCGCCUGCAGUUGAGCCGCCGUUCGCCAAGGUCAACUCGGUCGUUGCUGGUAGCCCCGCUGAGGAGUCUGGACUCCAAGCUGGAGACAAGAUCGUAAGAUUCGGCACUGUAAACUGGCAAAAUCAUGAACGGCUCAGUAAAGUCGCUCAAGCGGUGCAGCAGAAUGAGAAUCGCGUUAUAACAGUGAAAGUCGUGCGUGCAUCUGCCACACCUACAACGACAACGCACGAGCUCCGACUGACGCCGCGGCAAAACUGGGGAGGCCGUGGCAUGUUGGGCUGCCAUCUGUUGCCCAUCUGA